AUGGCGCCGCCCUCGGCUUGUGCCGCGCCAGCGUCCGCGGGCGUCUGUGCUGCUGAGUUUGAGCUGCUGGCCAUCGGUCCACUGGACGGCCGCUACGCGAAGAAGGUCGCGGGUCUGAAGGCUGCUGUGUCCGAGUUUUCUCUCGUUCAAAAGCGCGCCUUUGUCAUGUCCGAGUGGCUCGCCUGUCUCGCAACAAACGCGCGAGUCCAGCGCCAGUCCGCAGCAGACGCCUCCGAGUCGCCGGCGCCCUUCCCCAGCCUCUCUGAAGAGGGCAAAGCUGCUUUGCGGCAGAUGGGCCGCUUUUCGAUGGACGAUGUCCGCAGAGUGAAAGAGGUGGAGAAAACCGCGAAUCACGACUUGAAGGCUGUUGAGUACGUCCUGAAGGGAAAGUUGGAGACGUCGGAAGCGACGAUGCCCCUCGCGGCCUUGACGCAUUUCGGAUGCACCAGCGAGGACGUCAACAACUUGUCCUGGGCGCUGUGCUUCAAAGAAGCGACGGAGCAACACCUCCUCCCGGCCGUGGACGACCUCGCAGCAUCCCUCCACAUGCGCGCCGUCGAGUUCGCGGAAGUUCCGAUGCUCUCGCUUACGCACGGCCAACCUGCGACGCCUUCGACCUUCGGCAAGGAGAUCGCGAACUUUGAGUGGCGCGUGAAAAACGCCAUCAAAAGAGUGCGAGACGUGGAGUUCCGAGGGAAGUACAACGGCGCUGUGGGAUGUUUCAACGCCCUCGUCGUCGCGGAUGCAAAGGUCGCCUGGCCUGAGGUCGCUCGUGACUUCGUCGAGAGCCUGGGCCUCACCUACCAGCCGUACAGUACGCAGAUCGAACAGCACGACUGGAUCGCUGAACUCUGCGACGCACUCGCGCGCUUGAACUCUAUUCUCCUCGAUUUCAGCCGUGACAUGUGGUUGUACAUUUCGAGAGACGUCCUCAAGUUGCGCGUCGUCGCAGGCGAGGUGGGGAGCUCGACUAUGCCACACAAAGUCAAUCCAAUCGACUUUGAAAACGCGGAAGGAAAUCUCGAACUGGCAAACGCGCUCCUGCGCUUUCUCAGCACGAAGCUUCCGGUUUCGCGCAUGCAGCGAGACUUGUCGGACUCGACGGUCCUGCGGAACGUAGGCGUUGCGUUUGGGCACUGCCUGGUGGCGUACGAGUCUGCGAAGAAGGGACUUGACCGCGUUGAUGUGAAUAGCGAGAAGAUGCUGAAGGAACUCGACGAGAACUGGGCAGUCCUCGGGGAGCCUGUGCAGACUCUGUUGCGGAAGAGAGGAGUGCGGAACGCAUACGAGAAGUUGAAGAGCGCGACUCGGGGACAAGACAUCGACAAAGAACGGAUGCAAGACAUAGUCGAAACCUGUUCGAAAGACCUUCUCCCUGAAGACCUCGAAAUCCUGCGCUCCCUCACUCCCGCAACGUACACGGGUCUGGCGCCAGAGCUCGCAAAGAAGGUCGGGGAGACAAUGGAGGAAGAAGCCGCGAAAAAACAAAAGACCUCUCGUUAGAGAAAAGGCAGCAAAUUGAAUUUGGGACGUUGCAGGCAGCAUCGCAUUCGUAUUCUUGUGUAUAUUAAUGCUUUACUUCGCAUGCAUCGAGGAGCGAUCGCUGAGGUGGAGGCACAAGUUUCCGGAUGAAACAGUCAUGC